AUAGCGGCGGUUGCCAUGGAACUGGACCGGUUUGCUUGGCUAGACCUGGGAAGACUCAACAUGGGGAUUUCCCGGGAGCAGAGAUUUCAGACUUGAGUAUGGAAAUGUAUGAGAUCCUUGGAAAAGUGGGAGAGGGAAGUUACGGAACGGUAAUGAAAUGUAAACACAAGGAAACAGGACAUAUAGUUGCCAUUAAGAUAUUUUAUGAAAAAACAGAAAAAUCUGUCAACAAAAUUGCAAUGAGAGAAAUAAAAUUCCUGAAGCAAUUUCGUCAUGAAAACUUGGUCAAUCUGAUUGAAGUCUUCAGACAAAAAAAGAAAAUUCAUUUAGUGUUUGAAUUUAUUGACCACACAGUUUUAGAUGAGCUGCAACACUAUUCUCAUGGACUGGAUAGUAGAAGACUUAAGAGGUAUCUUUAUCAGAUUCUUCGAGCAAUUGACUACCUCCACAGCAACAAUGUCAUUCACCGUGAUAUUAAACCUGAAAACAUUUUGGUUUCACAAACUGGAAUAACUAAGCUUUGCGAUUUUGGAUUUGCUCGGACUUUAGCAGCCCCAGGUGAUAUUUAUACUGAUUAUGUAGCUACAAGGUGGUACAGAGCUCCAGAACUGGUAUUAAGAGAUACAACAUAUGGGAAACCUGUGGACAUCUGGGCUUUAGGUUGUAUGAUUAUCGAGAUGGCCACUGGCAACCCUUAUCUACCCAGCAGCUCUGACCUAGAUCUACUUCAUAAAAUUGUGACCAAAGUUGGAAACUUGACACCUCACUUUCAGAGUAUUUUUAUAAGGAGCCCAGUUUUCUCAGGGAUGGUUCUUCCUGAAGUUCAGCAUCCUAAAAGUGCAAGAAAAAAAUAUCCCAAACUCAGUGCACUACUUGCAGAUAUGGUUCAUGCUUGUUUACAAAUGGAUCCUGCAGACAGGAUAUCAUCUGCUGAUUUGCUACAGCAUGAAUAUUUCACCAGAGAUGGUUUUGUUGAAAAAUUCCUACCAGAAUUGAAAAGCAAAUUACUACAAGAAGCAAAGCUGAAUUAUCUUUCAAAAUUCAGAGACAAUAACAAAGAGAUGGAACAAAUCAAAGAUGAAAAGAGAAUAGUUCAUAUUAACAUGUCUCAGAAUGGUCCUGUAACUGUAAAGGAAAUGGAAAAAGACAGAAAGUCAAAGGAGAUGAAGAUCAAAGGUAUUAAAGUGAAAGGGGGAAAAUCUGAAAUUUCAGAGCUUAAAAGAAAUGAACAAGAAGAUGCUGUUUCACAGUGGGUGACUUUGUCUCAGAAUGCUCUAAACUUACCUUAUGAGAACAAACCCACAAUUGGUGAUGGUACCAGCUUGAUAACAGUUGGCAUUGAUGCUGGUGGGAUGAAGGAUGAAGCUCCACAGACACCCUGUACAACAAUGCCACGGAUACAUCCAAACUGUGGAAAUCUUACUGCGAAUUUCAGUUCACAUUUCCUGUGUCCUAAUUCAAGACUUCCAGAAAAAGCAAAGAAACGGCGAAGUCCUUGGCCAUCAGUAGGACAAAUAGGUUCAAACAGUCCAGAAGAUGGAGUUCUGACUCAAAACCAAAUGGAGAAAGUAUCCCUGUAUGAAAGAGCUGCUCAAAUUGAUCAAAUGGUGAACAUAAACAGGAAGAAACGCAACAUUUCAAGAUGUGAGAAAAGAGAAAUUCACUUGCCAGAACUAAAUACAACAGGGCAACAGAAAGAAUUGAAAGCAAUGGAAAUUAAACAGGUAAGAGUGCUGAAAAGGACUAAGAAACCUGAAAUAUCCAAAAUACCAUCUUAAAAUUCGGAUCAGAAUCGUGAAAACAAGAACACGAGAAAUUCUGGAAAUAUGCAAAAUGAAUGA